AUGUCAGCAACAAUCAGUUCAGGCCCCGACCCAACUGGCGAUGGCGUUAGCGAUCCUCUUGGCACCUCGACCUCUGCUACCAUUGAACUGAGCGUUUCGUCACAAACCAUUGGUUCAUGUCAACCACUGAACGUUACCUGGACAGUCUCUAACGGUAGCGCCGACCUGGACAUCUCCACCAUCACACUAUCAUACACCAAUCUUGGAGUGUCCCAAACCGAGGGAGAUACAACAUACCACCCAACUGGCGGAUCGCAAAACCUUGGGGUUACUCCCAUCAGCAGAUUGGUCUGGACAUGGCCAGCUGUUUUCAUACAAGAAUCCGGAUACUACGUUAUCCAAGCUUCAGGGAGCGCCUCACCAACACCCUUGAUUAAGCAAACUUCCCGGUUUCUUGUUACAGUGGACGAUACAUCCUGCUUCGCAUUGAGUUCCUCAUCCCCCUCCAGUGAUCUGUCAACACCCACAGAUGAACCGUCAGCACCAUCCAAUUCGCCCACGGAAUAUUCGACGCCUUCUUCCAGCAAGAAGACCAAU